ACAACCGCCGUCGAGCGUGCCGCGGCGUCCAGCGCCAAUAUUUCGCGUGGCUUCUUUCCCGUUCGGUUAACGUUUUCUCGUGUACGCGGCCGGGGACGGAAGCCGUUCCGUGCUUUACGAUUGUUAUUUCUUACUAUUCGCUCCGCGUGCGCGAUCGUCUCUUUCGCGUAUUGUCAAGGCCGACCCCAGGUGGAGGCACUAUAGGAGGCCCUCGUCUGCUGGACUCGGUCUGCCUGCAGCCGCCGCCGGCGUCUUUGCCUCGAAGACACGUUUUCUUCUCGAGUCUCGUUGCUUUGCCUUUUGUUCGCGGCGAGCUUUCGACGCGCUUGAGAAAGACCGCUGCGUCUCUUUUUGUGCGUUGCAGGAGGCUGACGUCAGCGCGGGCUCUUGCCGCUGCUGGAAGCGGUCGUCGGACGACAUGGGAUACUGGCGUCUCGCAAGUAGACGCCUUGCCGCAUCGGAUCGUCCCCUUGGUUAUGCCUAGAUGACCCCGAAACCUUGGAAGAAGAUGAAGAAUGACUCUAUUGAGUUACGACCGCACGUCAUCUGGACCAAGAUGGCUGUGGCCUCCGGUGGCGGCGGCGGUGGCGGCGCUGGCGGCGGGGCGUCCGACUCGAGCGACUCCGCCGCCAAGGAGACCUGGGAGUACGUGGAGACGACCAAGACGACCACUACCACGGUGGACUGCUGCACGUCCUGCUACUACUUCUGCUGGUACCGGCACGUGCACCGCAACGACAUCGACUCCCUGUACCAGCGCUACUUCCUCCACCUGAACCGGCGCAGCCUGACCGCCCUGCUGGGCGUCAUGGCGGGCCUGUGCGUGACGGCCGCCUUCGUGGACUUUGUGCUCAGCCAGAGGCAGAGCCCCGUGCUGCGCGCGGCCGUGUUCGGCGCCCUGUGCGUCUUCUACCUGGCCCUGGUGUACGCCACGCUGCAGACCUUCUUCCGCCAGAUGCACCUGCUCGUGUGCAGCUACCUGGUGCUCGUGUCCUUCGUGGCGCUCGUGCUGCUGCUCGGAGUGCUGGACCCCGGGGCCCGCGACAGGGCCUCGGUGUCGGACCUGUGGUGCGCGCUGUUUCUGGUGUACGCGGCCUACACCCUGGUGCCCGUCAGGAUGCAGGAGAGCGUGGUGGCAGGCGUGCUGCUUGCGGGAACCUACCUGGCCACUUACCUGUCGCUCCAUCCCGGCGCUUUCCAGUGGAAGAGGCUGACCUGCGACGUGGUGUUGUUGUUCGCCGUGAACACGAUCGGGAUGUUCUCGCACUAUCCAAGCAAGGCGGCGCAGAGGCAGGCCUUCCUCGAGACGAGACAGUGCAUCGAGUCUCGGCUGAGCAUCCAACGAGAAAACCAAAAACAGGAGCAGCUUCUUCUCUCCGUGCUUCCUCGUCACGUGGCCAUGGAAAUGAAGGCAGACAUAGCCAAGAAGCCGCAGGAUUCCAUGUUCCACAAGAUAUACAUUCAGAGGCACGAAAACGUCAGCAUCUUGUUCGCCGACAUCUGCGGCUUCACGAGCCUGGCGUCCCAGUGCACGGCCGAGGAGGUGGUGCGCAUGCUGAACGAACUGUUCGCCCGCUUCGACAAGCUAGCCGCCGAGAACCACUGCCUGCGCAUCAAGAUCCUCGGCGACUGUUACUACUGCGUCAGCGGCCUGCCGGAUCCCCGCCUCGACCACGCCCAGUGCUGCGUCGAGAUGGGCCUGGACAUGAUCGAGGCCAUCGCGCUGGUCCGCGACGUGACGGGAGUGAACGUGAACAUGCGGGUCGGCAUCCACACGGGGCGAGUGCACUGCGGGGUCCUUGGGCUCAAGAAGUGGCAGUUCGACGUCUGGUCCAAUGACGUCACCCUCGCCAACUACAUGGAGGCCGGGGGCAUUCCGGGGAGCGUGCACAUCACCAAAGAAACGCUCCAGUUCCUCGGGGACGACUACGAGGUGGCACCCGGGGAAGGCGGCCAGCGGCACCCGUACCUGCGGGACCACAACAUCGAGUCGUACAUCAUCAUCCCCAACGACAAGAAGAGGAUGGCCCCGCCGGAGAACAACGCCAGCUCCGCCGCCCUGCACGGCGUCGCCAAGGAGAUCCGCAUCAUGGGACACGCCAACUCCAGGCGGGCCAUGAACCUAGGGUCCAAAGGCUACCCCGGGAGCGACAAGAAGAAAAACUCACAGGAGGAAGUGAACGACUACCUGUCCCACGCAAUCGACGCCCACAGUAUCGAGCAGCUCAGGGCGGAGCACUGCAAGAAACUCACGCUGACUUUCCACAAGCCAGACGUCGAAGACAAGUACAUGAAAGAGCCGGAUCCAAUGCUGGGUGUGUACAUCGUCUGUGCCGAGGUUGUGCUGGUGUUCAUCUUCAUCAUUCAUAUGAUCAUUUUGGAUCUGUCUUGGAUCAGGGUAUUUAUUCAAAUAGGUGGCAUUGCUGUCAUAAUUAUGGUCAUCUGCAUCAUCCUAUGCCUGCAUUUAGACAUCUUUACAGCUGUGAUUCCUUCGAAAUGUUACAAGAUUUCCGAAAAACUCACCGGAAAUCGGUUUCAUAGUCAAGUUAUUUCAAUUGUCAUACUUGUGAUUGUAUACAUCUGCUGCAUGACAUCAUCCUUUCUGCCAGCAUCGGACGAUAUUGCAUCAUGCCUGUAUUUUGACGCCAAUUACAGCAUGUCAUACAACUUGACGUGUGUGCAAGAGAAUUACGUAAAUGUACCUGAGUACCUCAUGCUCUGUCUGGUCCUGGUGCUCCUUGCUUGUGCAGCUGUCCUUGUGCUCACAACGCUGGAGAAGCUGGUGCUCAUGCUCCUCUUUGCCUUGCCCUUUUGCGCGCUCACCUUCACCUGGGACGACAGCCUCUGGAACUUCUUCUUUGACAGUGACCGUGAAGGGAUGUCCCUGAAGACGGUGGUGAUGCUGGUGCUUUGCCUGUACAUUGUGGUUCUGGUGAUCCACGGCUUCCAGACAGAAGCGACGUCCCGGUUGGACUUCCUCUGGAAGCUCCAGGCCAUGGAAGAGAAAGAGGACAUGGAGGACCUGCAAGCCUACAAUCGCAAACUUCUCGGGAACAUCCUUCCCGCUCACGUGGCCGAGUACUUCCUCAGCUCCGACCAUAGAAACGAGGACCUCUACCACGAGCAACGCGACAGUGUGGGCAUCAUGUUUGCGUCUAUCCCAAACUUCAGCGAGUUCUACAUGGAGCUCGAAGCGAACAACGAGGGCGUGGAAUGCCUCCGGCUUCUCAACGAGAUCAUUGCCGACUUUGACGAGCUCUUGUCUGAGGAAGAGUUCAAGUGCAUUGAGAAGAUCAAGACGACGGGCUACACGUACAUGGCGGCGGCCGGCCUGACGAUGGCCCCCGAGGACAUAGCGCGCAAUGUGCACGUGGUGGCCAUGGCUGACUACGCCCUGCGCAUGAAGGAGCAGCUGCACCACGUCAACGAGCACUCCUUCAACCACUUCAAGAUCAGGAUAGGAUUGAAUGUGGGGCCGGUGGUGGCAGGUGUGAUUGGUGCCAAAAAGCCCCACUACGACAUCUGGGGCAACGCCGUCAAUGUUGCCAGUCGGAUGGACUCCACUGGCGAGGUGGAAAAGAUUCAGGUGACGCAGGAAAUGUACAGCAUCCUGGAGCCCCUGGGGUACCCCAUGGAGUGCCGGGGCUACAUCUCCGUCAAGGGCAAGGGGGACAUGCUCACCUACUUCCUCACGGGCAGGAGGAAAGAAGUUGGCAGCGCCAGCAACAAACUCUGACGAGAGACCACGAGAGGGCAGCAGACGCCGCAGAGAGGCAACUCUGGAGACGUGGGCACUCUACGGAGUAGCCAGAACCGUACCUAGGUUUGGGCUACCCGGGAAGCACGGCUACCCCUAGGCAAAGUCGUCGCCUGGGGCGACCCCCGUUGCCCUGGGCAGCAGCGGCCACGACGAAACGCGAUCGACGCGCUUCCACCAACAAAAGGCACGGCAUGUGUGGUUGUGGCUGGCUGCGUCAUGUUCUGUCAUCCGCGGGUUCCCAACAACAAAUUCUUGCCGAUCGUUGUCCUGUAAAGGUUGCAAAUGAGUCAGCGCUUUGUGAUGCGGAUUUCUCUUUGUACGCCCACGCUAAAUUGUUUGUACAUCCCUCGGUGCCACAUUAUGUUAGUAGUCAUAGUUUUCUAAAUCGACUUGGAGGGAGGGGAGGGGUUAUGUUAGUAGUCAUAGUUUUUUAAAUCGACUUGGAGGGAGGGGAGGGGGGCAAGGGUGAGCGUCUCUAAGACCGCAGUGCCAAGGAGUGGCAGCGGCUCCGAAAAUUCGGCUCGGGGGUUUAGAACCAUAAUUUCUUUGUCCCGAAGCUUUGCCUUUUUAGUUUUUUCUCUUCCCAAUGUACUGUCGAUUCUGUCUCUCUAAUUUAUAGCUGAAAGGGGUUGUCCAACUUUGUUUAUUGUGCGGCGACGAUCGCAUUAUUACUAUGCAAUAUGCCGCACCGGCAAGACGCAUGCAGAAUCGCGUCAUUUCGCAUGCAGAAUCGCGUCAUUUUGUUUCUGCCGGUAGGAUAGUAGCACUUGGUUGCUUUUCCAGUCUUGCAAACGGGAGCUGCUGUGCCGAAAAGACAGAAAUGGCGGAGACUCGGUAUUAAAAGUAACGAAAUAUAAAUGCAUUGGAGGCAUGGGAGACUGACGAAACGACGGCGAGUCUGAGUUUCAAAAUGCUUUGAAUUGCAGCAUUUCAAGUUGCAUGGCCAGAUUGUGCUUCUUGCACGGAACUGUAAUCGUGACGAUGAAUGCGACAGGUCCGACCAGCCCCAGUCGAGCCUGCCUUCCGGUAUCGCUGUGUAGGUGUAGGGAUGUGCGAAAAGGGAUUUUGCAGUUCCAAGCAAGUACGAAGCGAAUAUUUCUCGAAAACUUUUGCAUUGAAUCGAGUAAUUUUGAAGUGAAAAGUUUGCAGCUGUCAAUACAAUCAUGGUAGAGAAGUCUCGAAGCUAGGGAACAAAUAAGAAAGACAAACACAACAAGGUCUAGAGGGUUCUCUUAUACAGUCAUGUCUCAUUCAUACGGACAUUUCCGUUGCCCAAAAAAAUCGUCCAUGGUCGUGAACCAAGGCCAAGAUUGCAAAUAAUAAACAGAAAAGGUAGCCACAAAAGACACAGUUUAUUUUGGGAGAAAAGUUGCUAAAACUCAUCUGCCCCGACACAUUUCCAUUGCUAUAUUUGUGUUUCAGUCUUGGUUGGUGAACUCGUUUCAAGUAUGUACUGCAUAUUGUUCUCUUUAAAUCUUUUUUCUUCUUUUUAAGUUAAGGUAUGUUUUGCAGUGUUUCAAACUUUGAAAUACCUCAAAAAUAUUUGAGGUUGCUAAAUAGCCCUAUUCAAUCUGAACUUCGAAUCGAUUACAGCAUUAUUUGCUUCAACAUUUGAAAGCUCCGAAUAUUCGCACACCCCUAUUGUUGUGCCAUCUGAAUACGCUUUCAGGUUUGUCGAUGAAACGAAGCAACGGUGUUCACUCUCAUCUUUGUGGAAGGGGACCAUUAAGAGUGUGUUAUUCCUCUCCUGGUGUUUCCUAUGCCAGCGUUCCCGGCGUCGGUUUCUCUCAGCAGCAUCUGCAAACAGCAAAUGCCUGGAGCCAAUACUGUGUUCGUCCGAGUGCACUUGUCUUGCCACCGCCGUCUCAUUGUAAAAUAUAGUUUCCAGGGACUGUGGGAAACGUCGGUCUGCCAUCAUUCUUGGCGCGAUGACGAAGUGGGGACGCCUUUUAUCUGAACUUCCUUUUGACGAGCUUAGCAACACUCGCUCCGAGUUGUGGUCGUGGGUUUGGGGACGGUCCGACUACCCUGAAAUCUGAGAGCGGCGACUGCCAGCAGUGCUGUGUGUAGGUGUAAAAAAAAUAUUGUAAAUACGGUACCAACUGUGAGCAGAAAGGGGCACCCAAAGCAUACACCAGAGAACAAAAAAUGCGAGGACACACUAAAAAAAAAAAAAAGAAGAGUUCUUAAGUGUGGCCCCUGUUUAUUCGAGUGUUUUGUUUUUAUAGAGCCAUCGUCGUUCUCGUUAUAUCAAUAUUCAUCCUUGGCGGGAAGAAACCGUUAUUUAACUCCGUUUAAUUACCUUGGAGAGAUCUGGUUAGACGUUACGGAAGGGUUAAUCGUUGCAAACGGCCAAGGCAAAAGAGCCGAUGGCAAAACGCCGAGAACGGAGAGGAAUAAAAAAUGCCUAAUAGAAACGUUUGCGACAAUCUAGGUAUCCGAGUAAAAAGUUGUGGCUAAAAGACAUUUUCCGAGUUUGAUGGCAAGCUUUUUCGGACGGCUGCUUCUGCACUUACACCUUCAUCUAUAUAUAUGGCUAAAAUGUUUCAUCUAUAGGUGUGAAACCCUUUUCAAUGUCGCAAUUUGCGAGUGUUACGUGCGCGCUUGUAAAUACCUCGCUGUGCCGACUCUUUGCACUUCCCCCCUGCACUGCCACAGCAUGCAUGAAACCCAACUCCAGCUCCUAGCUGCGACACCGGAAGCGGCACUUUUUGGGGUCAAAAAAACUUGCUCGCCGGUAGCUUAUUUUCUAGCAGCUGUGCAAGAUUUAUUUUAGCAGACGUAUUUUCUAACAAGAUUUAUUUUAGCAGACUCGGACAUGGAACAAAGGCUAAGGAGUGAUUUUGCUUGAGCAUUAAAUUGCGGGAAAGGUUGUCUCAACAUUGCGACCCUCAAUGUUGCACCCAUCUUAGUUUCGUGCUUUCUGUAGUGUCCAGUUCACUGUAGUGAGUUCUCGCUUUGAGAGUGGCGGUGUUUGUUUUUUUUUGUAUGAGAGUUAUUUAUUGUUCCCACUCGUGCACCCCAUCUGCGUUUAAAUGGUGAACACCUGUUGGUUUGAUACAUUGAGGCAGCUUGGAAUGAGGAGCGGGACGUGUGGCUGUACAUAUUUACACAUCUAUUUUAUCUACCGCAAGUUUGACGUUGGAACUUUAUGAACUACAUGCUACAGAAGUAUUUUUCCGAGAGGUCAUUAUCAGAGGCCAUCUUAGUCGUGGUGUGCGUUACGUCAGCACUAAGUGACAAAGUGAUUGCGUUUCUGCUGUGGUGUUCUGCCCGACUUCAGCGAAACCCCUUGCGAUGGUUUUGCUGCGGGAACCGCAUGCGUCCCGCCUUGUUGUGUACGCUGGCAACACUGUGGGGUCAAUGACCUCGUCAGCCGUGUUAUGCACAACCUCCUUUGACUGUCGAGAGCUGUUACGGUGGACCAAUCGUACGUCACCAAGAUAAUCAUGUUUUCAACGAGCAUUCUUUUUGAGGAAGCCUCCACAUUCAGCCUUGUUCCCCCGAGAGCAUGUGUCUAGUCACAAUCGGAAAGCCAUCAUUACUUGCUUUAUUACCGAGCAUGGUUUUGUAUACCCACCAGUGAGAUUCGUCAAGAGUUUUGAAAGAGUGGUUUGUGCAGAUAUUAGGAUUGAAAAACUGUGGAUCUGUUCAUUGUUUUCGAGAGUUCUUUGUUUGGGGUGGAAAAUAAUAGGAGUAAUAUUACACAAUCAUGGGAAGUACCCAGCACAUUUUGCUCGAUGGGUUUAGAAAUUGCCAUUCUUUUUUAGUGCCAGGUUUCCUUGGUCCUGUAGCUGCUCCUCGGUCCUUUUCGCAAACCUUUCCCUCUGCCGAAAAGCUUGGUUCAAUCCAGUCCGAUUACAGACAAACAGUUAGCCGGAGAAAAAGUUCACAUGGAAAGGGGGCAGUGCCGAUCGCGUCUUAAAAGAGCUUCUUGUCGCACCUUUGCUUUUAGCACUCUCCUAGGCUUGCUUGUCCCACUUGUGACUUUUCUCAACUCUGAAUAUAUACGAAAAUUUAAAAACGUUUUGCAUUGGUAGAGAGACGGUCAUUGUCAUCACGUGUGCCACUUCCGCACCGCUUGAAGCGAACCAAGGGUUCACGUUCAAAAUUGCUCGACACAGACAGUGGGAAUUAUACGAGGGAUAUUGUAAAGGAUUGUCAAAUGGGUGGCAUGAACCGCCAAACUGUUGAGAUCAAGCAAGGAGCCAUACACCUUGCCUUUACCAGAGUGAUGUGGAUCCAUAGCGCCACCCCAUGGCAACCUGGAAAAGACCAUGUCACAACGCACAAUCAAAAGCAUAACUUUGGUACUUGCAAUAUGGCGGCCUGGUGGCUUUGUUCCUCUAUCCUGAAGGAAACGUUGAAGUCGGUUGCAUGUCCAGAAAGUGAUACGAAUCCUGGAAUAAGUCGAAGAGAGCAGAGGAAAAGCCAAAGUUGUCACUCACGAGUGCCCUCCAAAGUGGCAGUAAAAGGAAUAGUCCGCAACGAAAAAUCUUUCCGUUUCAGGUUGAGGUACCUGAAGCUGAGAGCUUUGAGGAUGAAACGAAUGCAUUUGUCCUUUAGCAGGGAGCAUGAUGAAACUUCCUUGGCUGCUGUCACUGUAGGGCACUCACUUUUGAUAAAGGGCAUUACUUGCAGAAUUUGAGUUUUAGUGCAACGAUCCCAUUAUGAAUCACAAUUGCAUUGGCAGUUGCGUCUAGGAAAACCCGAAUACUGUCGUUUUCUGUGUUACGUUGCACAAUGCCUUACCUUGUUAGUUUAGACCCUUUCCAAAAUUUCGAAAUGAUGCGUAGAUUCUGUGCGGCCGCCAUUAGUUGGUCAUGCAUUCUGAGCAUGCAUUGGACACGAGCGCUUCGUCAGCAUUCGGAUCAAAACGCAUUCCACACGAGUACUGCGUCGGUGCUCGGCACGAACUCUGAACCAAUCACGAGCUUCACGCGUGAGCGAUGAGACCAACUAAUGGCGGCUGUCCAUAAUCUACGCAUUAUUUCAGAAAGGGUCCAUUCCAUGUGUAUGGUGUUCCCACAGCACCAUUGCGCUUAGUGGUUAGAAACGGCUGUGCUUCACGGUCCCUGUAAAUAGGACGUAUAAACAUUUUUUCUGUGGCGUUUGUUCGAGGCAGCACUUUCCAAGCAGUGCCUCGGAUUCCUUUUGCAGUGUCUCACCGAUGAUGUCAAAUAUGUGGCUAUUACUGUUUCAUUUGUCAGGCUAUGGAAAGCCAGUUUGCAUUUGUUAGUGCACAAAGCAGGUUGAGUGCCAACUGCUUUGGUUGUUUUGUGCAUUUCACCAAUUUUCGUUGAUGUUUUUUAAAUUUAUUUUGGAGAAGAAAGUAUUUACUCGUUGACCACGUCUUUUGUUUUCGAAAUAAAUAAAACCGUUGCAGUA